AUGGAGGCAUUGCUCAUCUUCCUGUGUUCCCUGCUGGUUCCAGCAGCCGUGGCAGACGUGGCCACGGCCACCCAGGAGAAGGAGGAGGAGGACCCCUUUAACUAUGAUUACCAGAGCCUGAGGAUCGGGGGGCUGGUGUUUGCUGUGGUCCUGUUCACUGUUGGCAUUCUCCUUAUACUCAGCAGGAGGUGCAGGUGCAGUUUCAGCCACAAGCCCAGGGCUCCAGGGGACGAGGAGACUCAGGCAGAGACCCUGAUCACCUCGAACGCAACAGGGGCACAGAAAGCAGAGAACUGA